CGCCAGGGCUGCGUUUAAACCUGCCACCUCCAGCAUAUGGGGCUGGGUUUGAGCCCAGCACCUCCGGCACAUGGGGCCAGUGCCCUACCCCUUUGAGCCACAGGUGCUGCCCCAGUUUUUUCAAUUUUAGGAAGAACACUAGCUUUUCCGAAAGUUCUCAUCACAGGUGUGAGGGAUCACAGAGAUCUUUUAGGGGGACCAGAAGUUCUCCUGCCUUGCUGUUUUUCUAGCAGAAGCCUCUGCUGUAGUGCAUUGCUCGGUUCUCUUCAAGUGAAAAAUUAAAUCUGCAUUCCUGUCAAAAUGUGUCAUGUGUACAACCAGACACUCAGCACAGUUCACUGUACUUUACCCAGAGUCCAGGCUUACACACCCUCCCGCCCCUUUCAAGGUCUCGGAAGGCCAGAUGUUUGGGAGGAGCUGAAUAACCGUGUCCAGGGACUGUCUGACAAAGCCGGCUCUUGGAGUUCCACCGGAGCCUUGGUGCUAUGAAAAGAGCUAGUGCCGGUCCACCUCCCGGGUGUGAAUCAAACUCCCCGGUUGGGCCUUAGGGAGAAAAUUCAUGAAGGACACAGUCAGCCCUGUAGAACUUGCGAAAUACAUAUUAGAACCGGAGGUGUGCGUGUGAAGGGGGAAGCGGGAUCUUUCCGGAGGCUUUCCUUUGAAGUCCUUUUUUCCUUUGUACCCCGAGACCGGGUUCUUUGAAUGUAAACUCUCAGAAAGGAUGGGGCUGCUCGGCGGCGCCUGUGGCUGAGGGAGAGCAGCGGCUGCGGGCGCAGGGGAGCGGCGGCGUCGCGAAAGCGGCCGAGGUGCGAGCCGGAGCAAUGCAGCAAGUCUUGGAAAACCUUACAGAGCUGCCCUCAUCUACAGGAGCAGAAGAAAUAGACCUAAUUUUCCUCAAAGGAAUUAUGGAGAAUCCUAUUGUAAAAUCACUUGCUAAGGCUCAUGAGAAGCUAGAAGAUUCAAAACUAGAAGCUGUCAGGGACAAUAACUUGGAAUUAGUCAAUGAAAUCCUUGAAGACAUCACUCCUCUAAUAAAUGUGGAUGAAAAUGUGGCGGAGCUGGUUGGUAUACUCAAAGAGCCUCACUUCCAGUCACUGUUAGAGGCCCAUGAUAUUGUGGCAUCAAAAUGUUAUGAUUCACCUCCAUCGAGCCCAGAAAUGAAUAAUUCUUCUAUCAAUAAUCAGUUACUACCAGUAGAUGCCAUUCGUAUUCUUGGUAUUCACAAAAGAGCUGGGGAGCCAUUGGGUGUAACAUUUAGAGUUGAAAAUAAUGAUCUAGUAAUUGCCCGAAUUCUUCAUGGAGGAAUGAUAGAUCGGCAAGGUCUGCUUCAUGUUGGAGAUAUUAUUAAAGAAGUUAAUGGCCAUGAGGUUGGAAACAAUCCAAAGGAAUUACAAGAAUUAUUGAAAAAUAUUAGUGGAAGCGUAACCCUAAAAAUUUUACCAAGUUAUAGAGAUACCAUUACUCCUCAACAGGUAUUUGUGAAGUGUCACUUUGAUUAUAAUCCACACAAUGAUAACCUGAUACCCUGCAAAGAAGCGGGACUGAAGUUUUCCAAAGGAGAAAUUCUUCAGAUUGUAAACAGAGAAGAUCCAAAUUGGUGGCAGGCUAGCCACGUAAAAGAGGGAGGAAGCGCUGGUCUCAUUCCAAGCCAGUUCCUGGAAGAGAAGAGAAAGGCAUUUGUUAGAAGAGACUGGGACAAUUCAGGACCUUUUUGUGGAACUCUUAGUAGCAAAAAAAAGAAAAAAAUGAUGUAUCUCACAACCAGAAAUGCAGAAUUUGAUCGUCAUGAGAUCCAGAUAUAUGAGGAGGUAGCCAAAAUGCCUCCAUUCCAAAGAAAAACGUUAGUACUGAUAGGAGCUCAAGGUGUGGGCCGAAGAAGCUUGAAAAACAGGUUCAUAGUAUUGAAUCCCACUAGAUUUGGAACUACAGUGCCGUUUACUUCACGGAAACCAAGGGAAGAUGAAAAAGAUGGCCAGGCAUAUAAAUUUGUGUCACGAUCUGAAAUGGAAGCAGAUAUUAAAGCUGGAAAGUAUUUGGAACAUGGAGAAUAUGAAGGAAAUCUCUAUGGAACCAAGAUUGAUUCUAUUCUUGAAGUUGUCCAAACCGGACGAACUUGCAUUUUGGAUGUCAACCCACAAGCACUGAAAGUGCUGAGGACAUCUGAGUUUAUGCCCUAUGUGGUGUUUAUUGCUGCUCCAGAGCUAGAGACAUUACGUGCCAUGCACAAGGCUGUGGUGGAUGCAGGGAUCACUACCAAGCUUUUAACGGACUCUGACUUGAAGAAAACAGUGGAUGAAAGUGCACGGAUUCAGAGAGCAUAUAAUCAUUAUUUUGAUUUGAUCAUCAUAAAUGACAAUCUAGACAAAGCCUUUGAAAAACUACAAACUGCCAUAGAAAAACUGAGAAUGGAACCACAGUGGGUGCCAAUCAGCUGGGUUUACUGAUGAUUCAGUAAGGUUAACAAUUAAAGUUAGAUUUUUUAAAAGUGACUGCAACAAAUAAACCUUCUGCUGAGAAAAUACAUGCACAGAUAGAAGAAAUCUGCCAAGUCCAGGCAUUUUUAUUGUAUAGAUUAAAAUAACAGUACACUAUUCUGAAUUUUUAUAUAAAAUGUGGUUGGGAAGGUGUACUAAUAUAUAAUUUAUCUUAAUUUUUCUAACUUUUUAUGGGUAAUCUUUCUAUUCAUAUCAUAAAAAAAUGCGUUGAAGCA